CUAUAUUUAAAAGCUACAAUUCUUGCACACUAAGGGCACGUUUUUGCAGUAUCACGUGUGCAGUUUAUGGUGCUGAAGUGAUUGUGUGGAUGACAUUCCUUUGCCCCCAGCAAGAUGGCGUCCAUCAAGCUCCACCACUGCCUCCAGUAACAUGGCUGCCGGAGUGAAUGAGUUCCGGGUCACGAGCUGUCUCCGUAGGGCUCGCUGGUUAAUGAGAGCAUUGCCUUGUUUUACGAUGCGGGCAGCCCUGUGUCUGGCAUUGCUGAGCACGGUUACUCUGCCGAUAUCACAGGGUGAGUGAGCUCCAUGGAGCUCGGCAUUGCGGCUCCUGCACACCCGCUGCCGGGUGACUGUGUUAUAAUAAGUGGGUGUUCAUGGCUGCGGGUGUGCUGUUAUACAGGAGGAUAACGGGAAAUAAGUGCUGCCCUGCAGGGUGUAACCUUUAUGGAGCGUCACCUGCACUAAGGCUGCAUUAAUGAAUGGUAAAGCAUGCACUGCCCACAUGCAGGGCUCACAGUGCUCCCUGGAGAGGGUCAUUCACUACACUCGGCAUUGACAGCAAUUAUAAUUCAAUCACAACUUGUAGGCCAGGUUUACUCAAUAGCGACAAAGCCACGCGUGUUUCCAGUUUUCCUGUUUUGGCUUACAGGGUUAUUCACUAAAGUGAGAACUGCUGGGAGCGGAAAGUCAAUUUCAAAAUAUAGGUAAAAAUAGCACUUUUAGAAAAAUUCUUCCAAAUACAAUUAAGUGCUCAUUUUUGGCAUUACAAAUGAGAGUGGCACUGUCACUGUUUGAGGAGUUUGCCAAAUUCGCGAAGUCCCCCGAUGUUGACAUCACUGCUGGUGCUCCGGUGCAGCCAUCUUGAUCCGGUGGGGUCCUCAUGAGAGCACUGCAAUGAGAUCCAUGGGGGAUCACGGAAGACCGCGGGAAGAUCCUCCAUUAGAUACAGCCAAUUCCCUGCAGCCAUCGAGGUUGACACUGUAGCUCCAUCUUGUGUCAGAAAGUCAGGUGCAGGAGAAAUACAGACAAAAUAGUCCCUGACCUAGAUGGAUGGAUGUUUGAGAGAAAAAAUAUAUAUAUUUAAGCUCAAAGGGCUAAAGGGGCAUGAACCCAAUAAUGAGGACAAAAAAUGAACAUGUGCCCUGACCACAGAAUCGCUAAAUAAAUGAAACUUAACCUUUAUUGGGUAUCACUUAAUGGAGGAAUGAGUAGUAAGUUAAAAGGAAUCGAUUUAAAUAGUAGAAUACUACCACAUAUAUAUUAAAACAUGAAAAGAACCACAUGAGAUGUGGAUCUCGUGUAAACCAAGGUAUUUACAAGUGUGGAUAGAGACAAGGAUAUCAAAAAAUAUACAUUCAAAGUAUGUACAAUGGUGAUGAAAAAGAGCCUAAACCUAAUAAUCGUAGAAUACUUGAUCUAGAGGUAAUAAUGGCUUUUGUAUCUACCCGGUAGAUCUUACAGGGUAAGAGUUCAGCCUCAGUCACCAAGUUAGUCUACUAUUAUAUCUACAGCAAAACAAUACAUAUGGAACUGCCAACACACCUCGAGUAAGUACUGCUAUCCUGUGCCUUCAGGGGCACCUGGGCUUGAAAGAUAAGCCGGAGCUGACUGUCUCUCUAAUGCUGUUUAGUGUGUUAACAGAGCGACAUGAGAUUCGGCACUGCUAACACACCUCUAUUCUGUGCCUUCAAGGGCACCUGGGCAUGACAUGCAAGCCUAAGCUAACUAUCUCUAAUUUAGUAGUGCCAGGACCUAAUGAGUAUACCUGGACUUCUCAAAUGGGUGAUUCUUCCUUCUAUGAAUUGCCGAGUAGUGUGAAUACUGUGGCGCCAGACACGGCAGAUCUGAGUCCAAGGUAUAAUGGAGCCCCGACGCGCUUUUCGACUGUUGGGCGGCUGAUUAGGGGGAAACAAGCCUCCAAUUAAGGAGGUUUAAAUAUUCCAAAGUCUCAAAUUAAUUGGUCCUGUUCGGUCUAGUUUCCCUCUAAAGAGCCGCCCAGCAGGCGAAAUGUGCUUUGGGGCUCUAUUAUACCUUUGACUCAGAGAAAACCGGCCGUGUCAAUUUCCAAAUAAGUUAUCUACAAAAAUUCUUAUAUAAUUUUAUGGGGACUUCGGUAGCUAAAUCACUUUAAAACAUUUCUAACAGUAUUGAAUCAUUUGGAAAGGUUAUUAAACCAAGGCCUUUAUUAGAUUUCAGUUUGCUGCUUUGGUCCUUUUUACUUCCUGAAAGUUCAAAUUUCAGGGUUUGCUUCAUGUUUUUGCAGAACCUGCUGCGACCCCUGAGCGUGUGUGACUCCACAGAAGUAUUUUGUUGCUUGACCUUUAGCAAUGUUUUUUUUUUUUUUUUUUUCAUUUAGCCCCAUGCAAGUCCUUGCUUCUUUUAAUAGAAUUUCUCUGUAACUAUUUUUGUUGUUGAGCCAUAGUAAACAUUUCAAUGGAAGAAAGCACUAAAUUCAAAAUGCUUGUCUAACAUUCCGGGGUCUAAUUAAAUAACUUGCUUUUAUAAAAUAAUUUCUUUACUAUCAUAUCCUAUAUACACAAGAGAAAUUCAAUAUUUGUAAUUAUAGGGAAUGAUGAAGGAAAUAUGGUACAUCUUGAUGGUGGAAAAUUCCAGAUGGGAACAAAUGCCCCUGAUGGUAAAGAUGGAGAAAGCCCCAUAAGGCAUAUGGCUGUUAAACCAUUUCUUAUAGACAAGUAUCCAGUUACCAAUCUGGAUUUCAGGUAAAUGAAUUAUUGCUGUUACAGAUGUGUAUGAUAAAGUGGCAUUUAGCUGUGUCAAUGAUCCGUGCCUUUAGUUAGAAUUUGUUUUGCAAUCUUGUGUUUAUUUAUUGCUGUGGUAGUCAUGCGUUUUAUACAGGGCAGAUAUAAUAAAAUACUAUGGGUUCACAGUUAUCAUUUCACAGUUAGCAAUUCAGUAGAAAAUAAUUAUUAAUGAAGAUAUUAUUUUGGUCACAUUUAUAGGCCUGUGGAUUAUGUAAAGUUGCAUCUACUACACGUGUACACCUUGAUUAUAUUAAGAAAAAAACAAAAACAUUUUUUUAAAAUAGGCGCAUCUGAAAUAGAUGUACUUGUGAUGGAUUACCAUUGAGCAUAUCCACCUGUUAUUUGUAGGACAUACAGUGCCUUGCAUACGAAUCCUACCCCUUUGGACAUUUCUGCAUUUGAUAGUGUUACCAUCGGGGAUUUAAAAAGGAAAACAUGUACAUGCUUGUCUCUGUUUGCGUGAGCAAGUGCUGGCGAUGCAAUUACCUCCAUUCAUGGAAAAAAUCUCAAUGAUAAUAUUUUAACGAUGUUAGAAGCCACAGCUGCUGAUAUAAAUUCAGCUGCUGUCUUGUUCUAGACUACAUGUCACAUAAUCUUCUGCUGGACAGGAGUUUAUGGAAUUUGCUCAGCACUCUCAUGGGUAAUAAUGAGAUCAGGACCAGGACUGGCUGAUGUGUGAAUGGCUCACUAACCUGGAAUUUGCAUGUUUUUAUUAACCCAUUGUCUACGGAUGCUUUAAAGAUGGAGAUCAGCAUUGGCCUGGAGAGUGCAAGCUAGUCAUAAAACCAUAGAAUUGAGAUUGAUACAUUGUUCUCAAAAUUCAUUUUUGUAUUAAGAGACCUCUUACCCAUCACUCAAAAUAAAACACACAUGUAUUUUCUCUAAUUUCUUUCAGGGAAUUUGUGCGAUCAAAAAAAUACAAGACUGAAGCAGAAACAUUUGGUUGGAGUUUUGUUUUUGAGGACUUCACAUCAGAGGAACUGAAGAAGAAAGUUACUCAGAAGCUAGAGGUAUAUAUAUUUAUUUAUUUAGUAUAGGCCACCAUAUGUGGCCAAUAACACACCGUUUUGUAAUGUAAGCUGGAAUAGAAUUUUAAUGGAGGCACACUGGCCUUUUAUGCAAGUUUCCCAACAAGGGUGACACCUAGGUGGACCUUGUUGGGUACAAGGACACAAAGUGAAUAAACCAAUAAAAACAGUCAUACAGUGAGACACUCCCAUACACAAACAAUAUAAUCCCUCCUCUGUGCUCGGGAGAUAAUUGAAUUUUAAUGUUUGAGCCACACUGAAUUAGUCAAUUCUGUCUUUAUUUUGGAGAUUUUGACCUUGCAUUUGAAAUUCAUUUUGAAUUCCUGACCUUUCUCACUUUAGUGAAUAACCCUGAGAGUGUGCUAUUGUUAUGGAAACCUUGUUGUUUUUUGUUGUUUGAGUCAUUUCUGCUAUUCUGUUAAUUGAUGCUUUAUAUAUGUGCAUUGUUUUUGUGUUUCUAAUCUAGUACUCAGUGGCGCCGCUAGGGGCGGAGGGAGGUGGCAGAGGGGGCCAUGGGCACUGAGUCCCCCUUCACAAGCUGCAACAGCACUGUCACUGUGGAAUUGUGUUCCAACAUUUUCCCACGUGCAGCUAGUGGGGGCUCUGUGCUGGGAGGACUCCCUGCUGGGUCACAGAGAGCAGGAAGAGGAAGCUCAGCUCUGCUGGAAAAUUGGAGUCUGUGUGUGUGUGUGUGGUUCAGUCUCUGUGUGUGUGUGUGUGUGGAGGGGGGGGUCAGUCUGUGUGUAUGGAGGUCAAUUUGUGUGGAAUGGGUCUGUCUGUCUGUGUGUGUAUGGGUGUGGGGUGUGGGGGGUUCAGUUUGUGUGUGUGUGUGUGUGUGUAUGGGUCAGUCUGGGUUUGUAUGGGUCAGUCUGUUUAAGUGCUAGAGCUCCAAGAGAGAUACCUGGAUAGGCAGCCUUCUCAAGCACCACAGAACUGAUUGUGCCAUCCCUUCCCUGCAAGGUAAAAUCAGGGAAAGGGGAAUAUUUUUUUUUUUUUUAAUAUAUAUUUUUUUAAUAAUAAAUUAAAAAUUGUAAAGCUCUUCCCUAUUCCACUCUCUACACCCCCCUGAACACAGUACACCCUCACAGACAGUGAAACCCCCAAAUACAGUACACUCCCAUCAACAUAGUGCAUCCCUCACACAUCAUCUCUUCACCCACAUACACACUUCUUCCCCACAUACAUUCACCCCCACACACAUGCAUACAUACAUACUUCACCCUAUUACACACUGAAUUUCAUAUAUAUAUAUAUAUCUACAGCUCCUUAAAAAGCACACAUAUGCAACCCCCCAAUACACACACUCACAAUGUAACCCCUAGAUGCACACGCACUCACUUUACAGGCCCUCUCAGCACACACACACACAAUCUCAAAAGCUCCUAUACAUGAUCACAUGCUCAAACUACAGCCCCUACUUACACAUAGUACACCAUAAACAGACUUUCCUAUACACACAAGCUCUGCCCCUGCAUGGAAGAUCACUUUCCCGUAAGCAAGCUCCGUCCCCAAUCCCUGUCUGAGACACACACUGACAGACAUACACACAUUCUGAGAGACAUACAGUGACAGGCCCACACUCUCUGACUGAGACACAUACACACACACAUUUUCUCACAAAUUGCUAUUUUUAUUUAAAUCCACCCAGCAUCCCUACCUUUACCACCUGUUCCCCGUGGCGGCCGGCUUUAAUGUUUUGUGUGCGGCUUGGCAAAGGGCUGUCAAAUGCCAGGAACCAGGCCGAAAUGUCGUCGCCAUGACGACCUGGCGCUUGGAUUUUUUCUAGCUGUGCGCGCGCGCGCACACACACACACACACACACACACACACACACACUAUAACUGCCCCCCCUACUUUUGGCCCUGGCCCCUUACAUGCCACCCCUAAGUAUGAAUCCUGGAGAUGUCACUGCUCGUACUCUUAUGAUACUUCUUACUUCUGUCUCAGGCUACUGUCCAAGUUCAACGGCACAGAGGGUAAUAGCGAGAUCCUGGAAAUCUACCACACCCCCGAGCGUCUCCCACAUUAUACAAGACGUAGAUAAACAACUAAUUUAUGAAACGCAAUAUUCUGCUGCACACACACGACCGCAGCGUUGUGGGGGAGCAUGGGAGAUGUGGAGCUCCUGGAAACAAGAUACUAUGGGCCAUCUGGUGCCACAACACCACUAAGACAGCAUAGUGACCCCCAUAUGUGGCGUUCGCAGACAUGGGGGACAGUACGCACAUAGCCCACUUGGUGGACUUAUUAGGAAAAGCCGCAAGGUAGGAAAACGUGGCAGGAAGGGGCAUUAGGCAGAGACAGGAUAAGACAUGAGGGGUCUACAGGAUGACUGCAGGAAACGCUAAGAUUGGUUGUCAAAAAUGCUAGGAAUGGUCACAGUCAAUAGAUGUGUGAAUGUAUUGUAAUCCUCAGCCCACUGGGGACUGGCACCAUGUAUGACCUCGAACCACUAAUAUAUGCCUGACAAAACGGUUUGUAAAGCUAUGCUGGGAAUGUAAUACAAUCCCCCACAUCCCUUCUCUUCUGUACCCUAUUCUCCCCCCCCCACCAAUAUGACAUGUUGAAACUCAAUAAAACUUCAAGUUUAAAAAAAAAAAAAUCAAUGCAUUUUUCCUGUAUAUAUGGCGCUAUAUAAUAAAAUAAUAGUAAUAAUAUAAAGAGUGGAUAUCUUCUUCUCCUUUGUAGUCUGCCCCCUGGUGGCUUCCAAUUGAAAGAGCAUUCUGGCGUCAGGUAAGCAUAGCCUUCUGUCCUGCAAUGUUAGAUCUUGGACUCUUUCAGACACAGGGUGCUCUGCGACACUUAGAGCAUUAUACAGCAUAAAUAGUGUGUGUGUGUGUAUACCCAGAAUCCUUUGCGUUUGUAACAUCACUGUAAAUUGGUGAUUUCUGUGGGAAAAGCAAGUCUUAUGGCUUGACUGGUAUGCAGAUUUCUGUUUAACAUUGUAUUAAUUAUAUAUAAUAUAUAUAUUUUUGAAAAUAAAUUAUAUUUAUUUAUGUGCAUAUUUUACAAAGCGCUGAACAUGAUCAGAUAAUAGGACUUUCCUCAGCUGGGCCCUUGAAGACAUUUGUUUCCUAGUGCCUCUAAGCUUCACAAGGUUUUAUUUAAAGGGACCUAUAGUCACCAAAACAACUUUAGCUUAAUGAAGCAGUUUUGGUGUAUAGAACAUGCCCCUGCAGCCUCACUGCUCAAUUCAAUUCUCUACCAUUUAGGAGUUAAAACACUUUUUUAAAAACCUAGUCACACCUCCCUGUGUGUGACUUGCAAAGCCUUUCUAAACACUUCCUGUAAAGUCAUCUAAUGUUUAUCCUUCCUUUAUUGCAAGUUCUGUUUAAUUUAGAUUUUCUUAUCCCCUGCUAUGUUAUUAGCCUGCUAGACCCUGCAAGAGCCUCCUGUAUGUGAUUAAAGAGCAAGAGAUAAAAUUGUUUAAGGUAAAUUACAUCUGAUUAAAAGUAAAACCAGUUUUUUCUAAUGUAGGCUGUGUCAGUCAUAGCCAGGGGAGGUGUGGCAAGGACUGCAUAAACAGAAACAAAGUGAUUUAACUACUAAAUGGCAGUGAAUUGAGCAGUAAAACCUGAGAAGCAUGAUCUACAUAACAAAACUUCUUCAUUAAGCUAAAGUUGUUUAGGUGACUAUAGUGUUCCUUUAACUACUGAACACUGACUUGAAACACUGCUUACAGCUACCCUGAUGCUCUCCUCAUCUGGAUUGGCUUUGGACUAGAUGUUUGUGCCAUUACCAGUAUUAGUUGUAGUUCAGCUGUCUUACUAUUGUUGCCCUGCCUUUUAACUUGCUGGCCUUCUAAUUUUAAUUUAGUCUGUCAGGGUAUCUAUUUUCUAUUCUAAAAACUGAUCUAUUCUUCAUAGUCAUUGCUUAUCUUUUUGCAGCAUGCCUGCCUAUGGUAGUCAUUUGAUCUAUACUGCCCCAUGCCUUUUUAGUGUAUGAUCUGACAAGACCCUUCUACAUGUGGAUGUUAUUAUCUAAAAUUAGAUGCACAAGCUUUUGACAGUUUUUUUUUAGUGUAUCUAUAUUACAAUUACAGUACACGUGUGCAACAAUGGUGGGUCUGCUUAGCAGCACUGUCGGAGUUUUGUGUUUAUUUUUACAAUCUCUUUGGUACUAAAGUAACCAGUUUUCUUUUUAUUUUUGGAACCUUAAUGGGAGUAAGCUGGAGGUUCUGGGUUGCUUGUGAAUUGUCAGACGUCCAAGGCAGGUCAAAAAGGGGGGGAGGUGGAGUUGUUUCACCCAGAUCCCUGUCUACCAAUUGCAGUCAUGUUGUGUGAAUGUAGGAUGUAUACAUUUUAGGAUAGCAGUGAAUGUCCUUUUACAAUGCGAAGAUUACAUUCUUUAAACUAAAUCAUUGUAUGGUGCUAAUAAUAAUCUGCAUAGUGGCUUCCUAAUGUAAUGAAAUGGGCCCCUGACCAUUUCUAGUUACUACUUCCAGCCAAGCGGUCCAGGAACAGGGAUAAAAGAGAAGCUGAAUUACCCUGUGCUGCAGGUUAGCUGGAAUGAUGCUAAGGCUUUUUGCCAGUGGCUGGGGAAGAGGUUGCCUACUGAAGAGGAGUGGGAAUUUGCUGCUCGUGGCGGCCUUCAAGGUAUGUUAACAACCUGUCACUUAUAUUUAAUGGCGCAUUUAAGCAAAAAUAGAAGCCGUUUGGCUACCAGGUGGCUGUACUUUAUGCAUUGUGGGAAGUUGCUUUUAGGAUGAAAGCAGAAAAUGAAUACAAAACUCCUCUUUUUAGGUAGUCAAUUUAACACGUAUGACCAUGGUAUAGUUUAGACGUGACUGUAACAGUAACAUAAAGAGGUAGAGUCCACUUUACAUUACUAGAUAUGUUUUAAAUUUGACAUUCAUUUGACCAUAAAAGCAUGUGGAAGAUCAGUAGUAAACUUACAUAAUUGUAUACAUUUUCAAAGUAUUGACUGCUGUUUAUUAACCUUAUUUUGAACACACAGGCAAAAACUACCCAUGGGGGAACAUGUUUCAGGCAAACCGAAGCAAUCUGUGGCAGGUAAUAUCAUGUAUUGUUGUUUUUGAUUUAAAGACCUAUUUGCUGAAGCAACAUGUAAAAAUUACAUUGUUGCACUAUGGUUUCUACCAAUUUUCUUGGUAAAAAAAAAAGUCUCCAUACAAUGACAUUUGUGUACUAUUAUUGGGCCCUUUAUUUGGGUAGUUUGGCAUACAUCCCCGACACCCCUCAUCUGCAGCUUCACUGUUAAUAUGGAAAUUGCAUCUGUUUAACCUUGGGUGGCAGUUAUAGGUUCUGAGAGGUUUGUUUGUUGACUUCCAAGAAUGGUUUGAUUGGUGAGAUUUGUAGCAGUCAAGCCUGGUGGAGAUGGGAAAGUGGAUAAGAUAAUUUGUAUUGGCAAAUGUGAUGGUUUUCCAGAUUUUUGAAAUGUUAGGGGUGGAGGUAAUGGAGUGUGUAUCUUUGUUUAAAGUCUCAUAAGAUGAAAGCUUUGAUUGAAGGAAAGUCAGUGGGAAGAAAAUAGUAUGAGGUAAAAGAUCAAGAAUAGCAGUCUUUUUAGCUGGCUUGAUUUGUAGGAUCUGUGAGGACAUUCAGAAGGUAUUAUGAGAAAAGCAAGAGCCGAUGUCCACGUGGAGGUGUUUUUUUAAGAUGAGACAAGAAGUAAAGCAGUAGUACAAAGGAAGAAGAGAUGGUGGGCCAAUGACGAAGCUUGGUGUGUGUCUCUCCCUCUCUUCCUCUCCUCUCCUCUCCCUCCCCCUGAAUUUAGCAGGCUCAUUAUCCAAUUUUCUCAUUGGUUAGUCCAUUCAAUUAUUUAUGCUUACUGUAAUAAUCCCAAGGUUUUAUAUCUCUAUUUUGGAACUAGUUCCCUUAAAUAUAAUGCUUUUAUUGUUUUAUGAAUUACAUUACACUAGUUUGCUUUUUAAGAUGAUCUUUGUAAUUUGCAGGGUACAUUUCCUAAGGAGGACUUGACAAAGGAUGGCUAUCAUGGGGUGUCCCCAGUAACUGCAUAUCCUUCACAGAAUGACUAUGGUAAGGAUUCAGGGCCCCAUCAAUAUAAUCUUCUUUUUUUCUCCCGAUAAGAUGCAGUACACAGCUGUAAGGCAUCCAACAUAUCUCGACAGGAAAUGCAGGCAACAAACUAGAAUUUUAAAAGUUUACCUACUCCAAAGAUUCCUGCCCACAAGGUAUAAAACCCCAACACCAACUCAGAAACCCCAGGUCUCCCUGCCUGUGGUUCGAUAGGUAGGUACUUACAUUCUUAUGUUCUCUAUGAGUGACUUUUGGCAGCUGAGUCCAAGGAGGGCUGUGCUCUUACAGGGAAAAAGAUCUCUAGGUGAGCCUUGUUCUUCCUUCUUCUUUUCUUCUGCUUGGAACGCACGCUGUGUGCCUGCAUUCUUGAGACGCUCUGGCAGUGGAAUGUACGGACAGAUUGCAAUGCACUCCACUGGAGAUCCAGAUGGAUACAAAAGGAAAUUGUACUAUCUAUUCCAGAGAAACAUCUGAGGGAGCUAAAAAGGAAGUAUUACAUUUUUAUCAUGGUUCCAGAACAAUUUGCAGCAGUUUUGUUUUGGGAUAUUAUGGCUGCUGCCAUUCAAUCAGCCAUGUCAGGUCUGCCUCCUGAGCUGGUAUGUAUAUAUUCUCCUAAGCCAAGAAAAUGAAGCACGGGAAAGUGACACAUUCUAGUUCAGAUGCUUCCUCUUGUUGUUCAUCUUCUAUAGACUCUGCACUUUCCUCAUACAUAGAAAUAUUGUUUUCCAAAUUAGUCUACUUUGUCAGGAUAGUCUAAUACCCAGGACGCAGAAGUUAACAAACAUAAAAUAAAUCAGAAUCCCUAAAACCUGUUACCAGACCUUAGAAUGGCAAGAUUUAUGUAAUCUAGAAGAGUAAAGGAACAGGUACAUAAAUGGUAGAGAAGGCAAAAGUCAAGGGAUACAGAAGUCAGAAUAGUCAAAGAAUAAGCCACACACCAAUUACUAGAAAUAGCCAAACUGGAAACCACAACAGGGCACUGAAAAUAAAUCAAAAUUUGUUUUAUUACGGUACUAACUAUUCUGAUUGGUUAAUAGCAGCCAUGUGACAUUAAGACGUGCGUAACAUCAGCGUAACACAUACACAUCUUUGGGAGAAUUAUUGGCAAUACUUUGAGUAGCCAUAAAAGGCUGUAGCGGGCAGCAGCUGGUAUCACUACAGCUUCCAGGCACGACGGAUGCAAAGGUGGUGUUAACACGAACCUUGUGGGAGCACGUCGUGACAUACUUAGACUUAUCAAAGUACAACUUCUUAUGGAAGUAAGGAAUCUGUCUAGCACCAAAAGGUUCCAAUAGACUGCAAGAUGCAAUGGACAAAAGAGGAGUAAAUGUUAUGUAAACUAUUCUCCACAUAUGUGGCUCAGAGUAAGCUCUUAUUGCAGGAACGUUUGUAUCCAAGAUUCAAUGUUUUUGGCUAGAUUCCCUCAAAAAGUCUACAUGGGAGAGUCCAAGGAAGAUCCUGUAAGGCUUUUAAAGAUCAUUAGAAUGGCUACAGAUUUACUUUUUGAUUCUAUCAGCCAAAUCAGUGAGCCUCUCCACUAUGGCUAAAUGAGCAGUCGGGCUCAUAAAUUGGUUGUGUGACUUACCGUUUGAACAGGUCUAUAUAAACAAGGCUUAUUAUAGAGAUUCCUUUUGCAGACCAAAAGGCAAGAAGAAAUCAGAGACAACCAUUACAGAAAAAAGGAAAGUUGGCUGCAAAAACUAAAGAUUGCAGGAGGAAGAAAAAUUGUUGCCUUCUUUUUCAGGGGGGAAAAACACCACAGAUAAAUCAGUCCUCGCCAUUAUAAGAAGAGUAUACCAUUUAGAAUACAAUAAUCCUCCUAGAAAUUUUCUAGGUUCUUCAGUACACUCACCCAAAGCUACUUCAGCUCUAUUUGCAGAAGUUCAAAGAACUCCACCCAGCAGAAUAGUUUUUAGGAACCUGCUCAUGGCUGUUUCUAGUUCAAAAGCCAGUCUGGCCGUUCAGACCCAUGCUAGAUCUAAAUAAGUCUGUCAAUUUAAAACCGCUUGUCAAAGACAUUGAAAUAGCCUGUGUUGGCCUAAUUUCAAAUGACUGGAUUUUAUAUCUAGAGAAAAUGGAGUGAAUUCUUUUUUGGGUCUCAUCUAGUCUUUGUUGGAAGGAAAGUUCUUCUUGCAAAAUGUCUGUUCAGUAAGAGAAGCAAUGAAGUUGUUGUGUCUCUAUAUCACUUCAAUUCCUGUUGUCAGCUGGACCAAGGCAUGAAUGAGGCCUCAACAAAGAAAUAUUCUGGCAGAAUGGGACUGAGGAGCCUCUUCGCUGGAUCUUCUUACAGACCUCUUUCAUUCAGAAUUUAAAAUUCCUUAUAAUCUCCAGACUACUCAUCUUUUGGUUGGCAAACUCUUCUGGGGUAAUACCGAACAACGGGUCUAAGGACAUACCAGAAUUCCCAGAAGUGAUCGAAUUCCUGAGAACUCAAGGUAACCUGGUUGGCUACAGGGGAAAAACACACACAGGGAAACCACAUCCAAAUUCAAGGAAACAUUGUAAGCCAGGCGCUUAUCUAACCUAGCAAUCGUGUUCCAGUGUGAUGCUUUUGUGACCAGUCACCUUCUCUAUCUGCAGUUAUAUCUAAGGGAAAACAAUAUUUUGGCAGAUGCUCUGAACAGCAUUUCUACACCAUUAUAGACUUGACUUCCAGUCCUCUGAUCUCCAUGUUUUUCAGAGAUAUUUCUAAUCUGUCAACUAUCCGUGAAAUGGUUCAUCCGUAGGAUUUUUAGUCCUUUUAGCACUUUGUGAAUCCUCUUUUGAACUGUUAGAGGAAUGCAAUUGCAGCAUUCUGACCUGGGACAACUGUCUUCUGUGGCUCUUUACCUUUGUUUUUUUUUCUUUCCCUGGAAUAGGAAAAUUUCAACGGAGGUACUCAGCCUGAGCACUGAGCUCCACUAAAGAGACAGUUCGCAUAUUUCCCUCCCUAUUUAAUAAAUAUAUUUUUACUGUUACUUGGCUUGUGUAUUGUCUGGGGUUUAGAGUUUGUUUUGGGAUCUUUGGGAGUUAUCUUAGAAGGAGCUUAACUUUUACAUUUCUAGUGUGUUGCUUGCCUUUUCCGGUCAAGACAUGGCAGAUAGUCUUGUUGUAAUCUACCUCUCUACCCCUAAUCCUAAGGAAAAAAGAAAGUUAAGUAAAUUAGUUUUUGUUUUUUCUGUGUAAGAUCACUGUAGCACAUUCAUAAUUUGGCUUUAUAUUAGUUAGCCCUAUAUUCUGUAUGAGCCUAUCCUGUCAGCUCCAAAUGCAAGAAAUCUAUUCUUUUUGCAGCAAUUAAAUACAUUUAGUAAAUAAAUGGCAGAGCUGGGGCGUAUUCACAUUCUGAAUAAUAGGAUGACUAGACUGCUUUGCAGAGCAUUGAGUGUAAUUGGCUGUGUGCAACCUACUCCAACCCCUUACUAGUCACGGGAAGUUAUCCUUGUGUACAUCAAAUCAAAUCCACUUAAAAGGUUUUGUCUCUUUGAACUUAUUUCAAAUAUACAUAUCAAAAAAUUAUGGAUCUAAAAACAUAUUUUAGAGGUUAAUCAGGAGUAGCUUCAUGUGCUCUUGUUUUAUAUCAGGAUUAUUUGAUAUGCUUGGGAACACAUGGGAAUGGACAUCUUCAGAAUACACAGUAGCUGGGGAGACUAAGAAACAACAUGGUCAGAAGAUGUACACACUACGUGGGGCUUCUUGGAUUGAUACGCAGGAUGGUUCAUUCAAUCACAAGGCUCGGGUAACCACCAGGUAACAAACCAUUAACGGUUUAUUCUUCAGAUUUCUUUGAUAAAUAUAUAAGGCAUGUCCUUUUAAUGUUAAAAAUAAAUGAAGCACUACAUAGAGUUGUCAAAAUGUAUCCAUACAUAUAAAUAUUUGUUCUACUGCUUAUCUGUAUGCUAGAUAGGAAUGCACGUUGAAAGAACUCUUGAGAAUUGUCUUUGUCAAAUAAUUAUAUAACAUUAUAUUGCUGUUUGAAGCCUGCCAUAAUGAAAAUAUAACAAUAAUCCCUUAUUUUUUUCUUUGGUUUGCUCACUAGGAUGGGUAAUACCCCAGAUUCAGCAUCUGAUAACCUGAGCUUCCGAUGUGCCAAAGGAAUCAAACAACCAAAUGGACAAAAAAAAGUGGACUUAUGACAUGGUAAUGCUGUCUGCAGGGAGAAACAAAAAACUAACUUCUGCCAUUGGUGGCGAUUGUGGAUUUAUUUUUAUAAUGUUUUACCUGACAAUUAUAUGCUAGAACCGUAAUUAUAUGCUAGAACCGUAAUUCUAAUAGACCUGCAUAGAAUAUUGGCGUUCAUUUCUCUCUCUAGAGAGGGUUUUAGAUUUAGAUAAGACAUCAGAAAAACAAAACAAAAAACAGGAGACUGGAGGCAACUUUAUAUAUAGCUAUUUACCAUAAGUAUUUCAUGACUGCUGUUGCAUAAAUAUAUUUACAUUCACACAAUUAUGUACUGCAGACUGUGCCGCUGUCUGCUGAUUAUUGGUUUAGGCAUGCUUGUCUUAUCGGUAAGAAGUAGAACAUUUAAGAGAAACUGGACUCGGAAGCCAGAGACAAAAGAAUGGCUUUUGCAGUAUUUUCAAACAAGGCAGCUCUGUUCUGUGUUUCACCCUUCUUCACCCAGUGUCCAUAGAUCCUGAAUGCACAAGCAUCAAUAAGCUUUCUAAUGGGUUUGAUGGCAUAUGGGUCCCGUGUGACGAUUUCCUUAGUAAUGGGCUUCACUUUACGGUAGUAAUGAUAUAUUCGGACAGAAGCCAGAACUGUUAGACAGACCACCUGUAAAGAGAAGACAUCUGUAAAUGUUGAACCGAGUUAAUUAUAAUUAAUUACACUUACAUUCCCUGUCUUCUUUGGCUAUAUUUAUCUUUGUGCAUCUAACUACAAUUUUUCUGACUGGCUGCUCAUCAUGUGUUUUUUUUUCUUCAUUUUUCUCAUGUCUUAUAUCUAGCUUACUUUGAAGAAGCCCGGGUUGUCGUCAUGUAAUAGCAGCUGACAAUCAAGCUAACUAAACUGAAUGGAACUGUUGGUAACCGGAUUGCAGUAGUGGGACACUAAUUUUAUUAAAUCAGUGGAAUGGACCUGCAGUCCAAAUGUGUAACCACGUGUCCCAUAAGUCUUUACUGGGCAGGGGUUUAUGCGAGAUGCUCAGCUUCAUUGAAAAUGACCAGCUGAGACCCUUCUUAGUUAAGUUUAUUACACAUGCUGCAAAUUCAAAGUAAACGCACACUGGUUUUGUGAAGUCUGUCUGGUCCCAUAAAAUUCAUAAACAAGAUGUUCACAUGUAUGUGAUGGUAGCCUCUUCAUUGUACCCCUGCCCCACCUGCAUUUAACUGUCAAUGAUAUUCUGUGUAAGUCAUGCUAUUACAACACCUUAUCAAAAAGUAUUUUAUUUCUUCAUUUGAAUUUUAUUUCAGAUUUAUGCAGAGAACACAACUAAUUAUUCCCAUUCCUGCCUUAUUGAGUACAGUUGAAGGAUAAGACCAGAUUUUGGGACAAGGUUUUCACUGGUAUCCUGCUUGUAGCCAAGCAAGGUAUUUUUGGUGUGGUUGCCUUUCUGUGUCCCCUGUCAACGCUGCAGCAUGACAUGCACAUUUUACUGCCUUUUGAGUUGCAGAUACGAAGAAUUACCUGAAAAAACAUUGACCUGUAGAAUGUGAAAUGAAAUAAAGCCAAAACACUGAGUAAAACCUGGCCUGUAUUGUCCUGUUAAAUAAAAAAAGGACCCAAAAACACAGCAAAAAAAUAAACAUGCAGCUCAGCAAGUUAAUUAAGCUAAAUGUGUUUUGCAUUCAUACAGGGUGCCUAAUCCUAAACAACAUACAUUACUUAUAAAUAAGCACCCUGUGUGGUGAGCAACGUGUCAAGCUUAAUUAACUUACUCUCUUUUGGGGUUAAUAGAUGACUUUCUUUUUACUUCAAUGGCACCUGGCAGGGCUGCCCACUGUCACCUCUCCUCUUUGCCUUAACCCUGGAACCGUUUCUAGCCAGGAUCCAGCAAACUCCAACAGUUAGGAGGUUCAUAUAUAAAGAAUAUAUUGACAUGGAACUAUGACCACAUAUCUUGGCAGGGCCACAUAGCGGUAGUCAAAAUGAACAUCCUACCAAGAAUUUUUUAUUAAACACCAGCCCCUGGCACAUACCGCAGGACUUCUUUGCAACACUAAGAACGGCAGUCAUUAGAUAUGUCUGGAAAGGAGACAGAGCACGACUUAGCCAUGAUAAGAUAUGCCUUCCCAAAGCAUGGGGUGGACUGGCACUAUCGGACUUCCGAAAAUAUUUCCACGCGGCAGUACUCCAACGGAUCUGGGAAUAGAAUACAGCCCUGACCCAUAAAUUAUGGGUGUCACUAGACAGAGCAGACUCAAAUAAAGCCCUCCACUGAUACGUGUGCCAUAGACCAUCAGAAUCGACAAAAGUUCUGGGUAGAGACUCUCCCAUCACACAGACAUUGAAAACCUGGGUUACCCUGAGAAAGGACUCAAGAGGUCAUAAAUAUCUCUGCAACUGAGCCCGCUGAUUCCACUGACACAUAACACUGCCUUAGGUGGCAGACGACCACCAAAUGUCUAUAUGCAGACAGAGGUGAGUAUGUCCCCCUGAGUGUGGUUUAAGGCAAUGCAAGGCUGAAAAACUUGCGAGAGUGGACUACAGAAGAGACCCCCACUCUCGCAGACCUCCAUUACGUGCAACUAAGACACUUCUAUCAUAAUUUACCAAAAAUGGCUGCGGUACACCGGGAAGCCACAUGGCAACUUAUGUGACCGACACUGAAGCAGACGGCAGAGUAUCCACCCUAUACCAGCGACUGAUUAUAGGGGACCACGUUAGAAAAGAUGCCUUUAAGAGACAGUGGAAAGACUUGACAGACCGGACCUUCACCGAUGCUCAAUGGGAGCAGAUACUCAUCCUGCAACAAAAAAGCUCUGUAAGCUCCAGGUAUCAGGAAGUUAACUUUAAGUUGCUCUCUCACUGGUACAGCACGUCUUUGCUAUUACACAGAAUAUUCCCAGAGGUCCCUGACAUAUGUUGGAGAUGCGAAUCACAAGUAGGUACCCUACGACACAUCUGGUGGGACUGCACUAAGAUUAGAUCAUACUGGGAUGGGAUCAAAUUGGAAUUGGCGAACAUCUUGGGCAAACCACCAGAUCUCAGCAUCGAAACCGUGCUCCUCCAUUUCACAGAUCUACAAAAAGUCAAUUCUGAGACACCUUCUCAACGCAGCUAAGUCACUGAUCCCCACCAUGUAGAAGCAAACUCAACCCCCCACCACGGCACAAUGGUUACAGAGAGAGAGAGUAGAGUUUUCCCACACCGUUUCUGCAAUUGGCUAUACCAUAACUGAGAGCUCAGUGUUCGAAAUAGGUCCUGCAUGACCUCAUGUUAUGCAUUCAUGUGGAGAUCUGCAUAAUCUCACUUAACAUUACUAACUAACCAGCCUUCUUUUUUCUCUUUAUACUUACAUAAGACUUGUCUUUACCUGUGUGUCUCGCUACCUCAAUUCCAACUCUCUCCUUGACCCUCUUCAGUCUGGCUUCCGUCCUGUCCACUCUACUGAGACUGCUCUCAUCAAAAUCACUAAUGACCUAAUCGCAGCUAAAUCCAAAGGUCACUACUCCAUAUUAAUUCUCCUUGACCUCUCUGCUGCCUUUGACACCAUUGAUCAUGCUCUCCUCCUUCAAACUCUUCAAUCGCUCGGUCUCUGUGACUCUGUCCUCUCUUGGUUUUCCUCCUAUCUCUCCCAACGCUCAUUCAGUGUCUCCUUUCCCAAGCAUACCUCCUCCCCUCGUCCUGUCUCGGUUGGAGUUCCCUAAGGCUCUGUCCUUGGUCCCCUUCUAUUUUCUCUUUAUACUGCCUCUAUUGGCAAGCUUAUUGCCUCUUUUGGAUUCAACUACCACCUGUACGCUGAUGACACUCAGAUAUACCUCUCCUCCCCGGACCUCUCCCCUGCCAUCCUGCAACAUGUCAUUGCUUGCCUUUCUUCCAUCUCUGACGGGAUGUCCUCACGCUUUCUGAAACUCAAUCUCUCUAAAACUGAACUCCUUGUCUUACCUCCUCCUAAUACUGAUCCUCCUCUCUCGCUCUCCCUUCAUGUCAGUGAUAUCCACAUAAGUCCAUCCUUGCAAGCACGCUGUCUUGGCGUCAUACUUGACUCUGGC